AUGACGCAUGCACGAUUUUGCAAGGGGAUUCACACCUGUAUAAACGAGGAAUUCACUUUGUCAAAGAUAGGGCGGAUCAAAGUGAAGAACGUCGAGCGAUGGGAACCAAGUGUACGUGAAAAGGAACUGUUACGUCGAACGUGGAGUGAUGACUUCGAUUUCCUCUACGACCUUGGCUCAACCAUUUAUUGCUAUAUAUUCGAGCAUAAUCCGAACUGUAAACAACUAUUUCCGCAACUUACCAAAUAUGGUGAUAAUUUCAAGGAAUCACGUGAAUUUCGAACGCAAGCACUCAAGUUCGUGCAGGUAAAGAUCCAACUAUUAUUCUUUUUCUCAUAA